GCCUAAUGCCUUUAAUCCUCCACAGUUAGCACAGCUAAGGGCCCAGAUAAUGGCAUACAAACUACUCUCCAGAAACCAACCUAUUCCAGAGAAUAUCAGAAUGGCAGUGGAAGGCAAAAGAUAUCCCCAAAUGCAGCGACCACAAGAUCCAAGUGGUAGAAUGGGACAACAGCCAGGGCAGGCCCCCAGCUCCCAGGCCCCACACAGCCAAUCUUACAGUUCUGGAUACUCUGGAGGGCAGAUGACACAAGGACCACCAAAUACCAGUGCCAGUCAGGUCCCCCAGAGACCCCAGGCCAACAGCCAGGUUCUCACCCUCCUACAGGGCCCCAAGGAGCUGCCCAGCCCCCAUCUACCCAGUCCAUAAUGCAGCAGAAACACAGCAAGAUUGCUCCUGUUGCCAAGCCACAGGGACUCAAUCCCAUUGACUUACUG